UACGCUGCUAAAACAUUGUGCAUUUUUGCUAAGUUGCCCAAAUUUUUCAGAGCACCGAGAGUCGCCGGGGAAUGACGUCAGGACGUAUCUCAUUGAAUGAUGACGCCGUUUGAUCAUUAAAAAAAUCAGCCGUUAAAAAAUAUCAGAGAAUUGGGUCAGCAUGCAGCACGGCGCCCACGGUCCGGUGUGAAUGUAGUCCCGUUGGGUUUGGGGUCGUAACUUUUACACCAAGACGCCGUUGAGAGAACCUGCUCCGACGAGGGGAGAGAUGUCCGGUGUUUCCAGCAUCUGCAAACGAGAGCCGUAGCCGUUAGACCGGUCCGUCCGUCUGUCUGUCUGCCUGCCUCCCUCCGCUUUGGGGCUCUGGGAGACCCGCAAGCCCGAAUAACGUUACCGCCGCUGCAGUCCAGUCCAGUCCAGCCCAGCCCGGCCAGGCUGAACGGUUAGCCGGGGUGACGGGGGGCACAUACCGCCAGACAAGCUGAAGGCUCAAGGCUGCUCUGCCGAGACCCAGGAAAUCAGUCCUCGCCUCGUCUCGACAGCCUGGUAGCAACACAGUGCACAUUUCAGUAGUUCCAAAAUGCAUAAUUAAAAGACUGAAGGACAUGUGAGCACAGUUACCUACGAUAUGUGAGCCUCGACAGUUCUGCCACACAUCUUCUUUACCAGAGCAGAAGUAAACAGAGUUUGGAGUGACCAUGUCAAGCCGCCGGAAAUCCACCACACCUUGCAUGGUGCUGCCCUCUGAUGUGGUGGAGCAGGAGGAGGUGGAGGAGAAAGCAGAAAGGACAAAGGAGGAAGAUGCUGGGGAGGAUGAGGAGGGGAAGGUGAAGGAGGGAGUGGAGGAGGAGCCGACUGCAGACGAGCUGGGUCAGGCUGUAGUGGUUGUGCCGGCUCCACCAGAGUCAGAUGAACCCAGUGUCUCUACUGGAGACGACAGUGAAGUCAUCAGUCCCACACUGAAGCGCAGCGCUACAAAUCCUCCAGAGGAUCCGAGCAGCGACCAGCCAAUCCAGGAGCAACAGAGUGAUGCACCUGAGGAGGCAGGAGCCGACCCUGCGGCAGUUUCUGCCAUCUCUCUCAGCAAGACACCGAUCAUGAGGAUGAAGACCAAAUCUGAACCCAAAAGGAUCGCUGUGUCCUUGAAAUCGGCUGAUGAGGCAGCAGAGGGAUUUGGAGUAGGUAGCGAGGGAGAGUUGGGAGGAGAGCAGGAGCCCAUUGAAGCACCAUUAGGGCCAAUGACGCCUGUGGAGAUGCUGCUGCACGACUCCAUGAAGCUCGGUGGAGGCGGCUUGCUGGUUGGCCCACCAGAACAGCAGAGGAAAUCAUCUAUUUUAAACCCCACUGUUCUGCCUGCUGGUCUGGCACAGGUGCUUUCUGCCUUCCAGGCCCAGCAGAAUACUGCAACAGCUCAGCCUCAGCUCCUGAUUCCCCUCAGCAGCAUCCCCUCCUACAGUGCAGCUAUGGACACCAACCCUCUGCUGGGCACCACUUACAAGAAGUUUCCUUACCCGUCCAUGGCUGAGAUCAGCAGCCUGGCAGCACAGACACAGUUCACAGAGGAGCAGAUUAAGGUGUGGUUCUCAGCCCAGCGACUGAAGCACGGUGUCAGCUGGACUCCAGAAGAAGUGGAGGAGGCCAGGAGGAAACAGUUUAACGGCACCGUGCACACAGUGCCUCAGACCAUCACUGUAAUACCUGCUCACCAACUCUCAGCUGCUGCUAACGGUUUGCAGUCCAUUCUUCAGACCUGCCAGAUAGUGGGCCAACCUGGUCUCCUGUUCACACAGGUUGGACCAGGGGGGAACCUUCCAGUCACCAGUCCCAUCACACUGACUGUGGCAGGGUUACCCAGUCAGUCCCAGAGCUCCAGCAGAGUUCCCUGUCAACCAACCCCAACAAACAGCGAGCUGAAACGGGCUACCACUGUCCAGCCUCCAUCUCUUUCUCCACAGGAGAACUCAGCCCUCAGCGCUGACACUUUUAAUAUGCGACCUAAGAAAUCCAAAGAGCAGCUGGCAGAGCUGAAAGCCAGCUACCUGAAAAACCACUUUGUCACUGAUGCAGAAAUUGCCCGGUUGAUGAAACUCACCAACUUGACAAAGGGAGAGAUCAAAAAAUGGUUCAGUGACACCCGGUACAACCAGCGCAACUCCAAGAACAGCCAUGUCAUUGUUUUCCAUGAUGGCGGGGGUAGAGGAGGUGGCAGCUGUAGCAGCACUGCUAGCACCACCAUUGUUAUUGACUCGAGUGACGAUGUGACCCCCACAUCUCCCCACCCUCCACGCACUCCACCUGUGAAGGAGAAGGAGACCCGGUCUAAAACAUGGAACCCGUUCCCAGACUUUACUCUGCAGAAGUUUAAGGAGAAGACGCCGGAGCAGCUGGUGGUGCUAGAGGAGAGUUUUGAGAAGAGCAGCACCCCAUCAGAUGAAGAAGUGAACCGCCUGAGGACGGAGACUAAACUGACGAGGAGGGAGAUCGACGCCUGGUUCACUGAGAGACGAAAAAUGCCAUCUGUCAGUACCUCCUCUCCGGAUUCUUCUGAGGGAGGAAAAAUGGAAACAGAUGGAGCAAAAGCAUUAGAAGGAGGAGGAGCAGGAGGAGCUACCUCUUCUUCUCCAUCUGCUACAUCAUCUCGAAAGGGCAGUCAAACUCCUCCUGGGAGUCGCAGUAAGCAGCUGCCCGGCAGCAGCAAGAAAGACCUAAAGGACAAAAGUAAAAAGUCUCCGGAGCAGCUCCACAUUCUGAAAAGUGCCUUUGUGCGGACCCAGUGGCCCACACCAGAGGAGUACGAUCAGCUGGCAGAGGAGAGCGGUCUUCCUCGGUCCUACAUCGUCAGCUGGUUUGGAGACUCUCGCUACUCGUGGAAGAACGGAAACCUGAAAUGGUUCUUUCAGUACCAAAGUGGCAGCAUCGAAGGACCAAACGGAGGAGGUGGUGGUAAAAUGGGCGGUGGCCGUAAAAGACGUGGCAGAAAUCGUGGUUGGGGACGAUCUCGAACCAGGAAGCAGCCAAGGAGGUCGGCCUCCAGCACAGAUGUUGAUAGGUCACCUCUGUCAAAGAAAUUCAAGACUGGGAGGGAGAUCCUGAAGGAGUACUACCUGAAGCACCAGUUCCUUAACGAGCAAGAUCUGGAUGAGCUUGUCACCAAGACCAACAUGAGCUAUGAACAGGUCAGGGACUGGUUUGCCGAGGUCCAGCGACGUUUGGACAUGGGGUUGGAUCCCUUCCUGGAGGCAGCUGGUGGCAGGACGGAUGGAGACGAUGGAGCUGAGGAGGAUGGAGAGGAGUCACAGGGAGAGACGUCGGCAGCCACCGAGGAGCAGAGCGGCACAGGAAUGGGAGAUGAAGAUGAAGGAGAAGACGAUGAGGAGGAUGACGGUGAGGAAACAGACGACAGUGAGGUUUGGGAGCCGUCACGUAGCGUCAGAAAGUCUUUGUCCGUUUCUGAAGACUAGUGAUUGUUGGGAGUGAAACUUUACUGAAUGUUACAAGAGAAGUACUGGAUAGAUCAAUGCUGGAAGACAGUUAGCUAAACCAAGUAUUUUAUUGCCACUCUGCAUGUGUAGUCAUUGCAACAUUAAUUCACCGUUUUUUCAAACUAUUUCUGAAAAUCAUGAGACUAACAGAUGGACCAUUAGCUUUAGCUCACUCUGUCUGCAUUGUAAGUCGGGUUAAGUUAAGAAUCAGAGCCUACAAAUCUUCAGUGGCACAUCAGACUCUGAUAAAACUUGUGGAGCAUGGCAUUUCGUCAAAAGGAACACCAUGGAGUGCAAUCUUCAAACUGAGCUGAUGAUAAAAACUGAAAUAGUUACCCAAAAAUACGUUGCAUCCUGACACAUCCAUUAUCCCGUCUUUACAAGCUAUUAUGCUGACUGUUGUAAAUGACAGGUUGUAGGAGGAGAUGACAGUUUUAAUGUCCAUCAUGCUCCUCAUUAAAUUUGCACUCCUUGCUUGCUGAGUUGAAGCCAGUAUGGAGAUUUAUUCACGCAGCGAUGCCGCUUUUCCUUGAGAAGGAGUUUUUGUUAAGCUGUUAUGAGCACAGGCCUAAAUUCAAACUUCAAUCUCUAAUGUUAUGAAUGUUUCACUCCUGGUCCCGAGCCAAAAAGACUUCUCUGUUGUAUUCAGAAAGGUGCUUUAAACGUAUCACAGCUAGAUGUCACUGCUGAGCAAUGUCCCCAACGAAACCAGCACACAUCUCAUUGUGGGGUUGAUUUUACAUGUUUUCUCAAGCACCUGUGAAGAUCAUCGCAAGGACCAGCUGGCAAGGACUGAUACGGACAUGAACUGUCUGAGAUGAAGGCCUAAUGUAACAGGAGAAGAAGUACCUUAAUGCUGAAUGAAUGCUAAUGCCAUGAUGCUUUUAAAAAAACACAGGAUGUCUCCUUAAGUCUUCCCUUUGUUCAUUGUUUCAUUAACAUAAUAGAUUUUGAACUGAACACCUACAGAUCUGAGGGGAAAGAUGCCACAGAAUGUGUUUAAUAUGCACUGCUAUUAACAUUUUUGAAUUCAUGUUUCACUUGUUAUAGAACACAUUCUGUCUUAUUCUGCCCUUUUUUUAAAGUGGGUUGUGUAGAUUCAGACAGUCUGAGGCUGUAGUGCCAAAGUUGAAAGUGUUAUCUCCUGAGCAGUGUGCUGUAGUUUAAUAACUGGCUGCUGUGAGGUGGACGUCUGGGUCCACACUAAUAUAAAUAGAAACAUUUGCUGCAGUGUUUUACUCUUGGUGGGCCUCUGAUGGAUUGAAGCAGAGUUUCCCUCGAAUCACGUAAGCACCAGCUGCAGGUCCAUUCUGAAUUUAGAGUAAAUUAAUCAGCAAGUUAUCACCAUGACAACUGCAGUCAGCACCAAAUCACCGACAUGAGGCCUGUGAAUCAGUUUGGGUCCUGACCCGUACUUUCAGAAACACUGUUAAACAGUGUUUCAGAUAAUAAAUGACUCCAGUCUGCACUAAAGAGAAAAACCUGAAGCACCUAAAUCAAACCAUUUUCUUUCUUCUUCUUUUUUUUUUUUUAAGAAAAGCUGCACUUUGUCCACUUGUGUUCAUAGUGGACUGAAUCUUGAUUAGGCACCUUAAUCUCAUAUUAUACCAUGAAAUGGCUCUGAGAGACCAAACCUGUUUUGUAUGAUUACAAACUGAACCAGUAUUUUGCCUUUUUUAUUCUUGGUGUGUUUUCACACUAGGAGGAAUACGACCAGUGUGUCCACUUUUCUAAUAAUAUAUGUGUUUCAUAGUUGGAGGUUUGUAUGGCUCAAACAAUCAAACAAUCACCCUCCGCUUUCUUUCACUAAAUUGCACAAUUUGAGCCUUUUUCCCUCUGAAAACUCAUUGCUUAUAUUUGUUGUCAUGUCUUGUAUUGUUGCUUUAAAUUAUGGGGGCUGUCUCCCAUCUGCCCCUUUUUUACCCAUCUGCCCCCAUCUGACUCUUCCUCCUCCAGUCCACUUUUGUAAAAUGAGUGAAUAGACUCAUGAUGUGCACUUCCGAAGGCAUUUCUGUAAAUGUUAGCAGUGUCAUGUUAGUUCUCUGUCUCAUUAACUUGUCUGCAGCACAGGCAGACACACUGACAGGGCUAAAGGGACAUCUUCAAAAGACUGACAACUGCUCAAAAUAUGAAAACAUUCUUGGAAAUGUUGCUUUCUCUCACUGAAGGAAUUGUUGUGAUGAAGAACCAGCACAUCAUUCCCUCUGUGGUGGGAAGUCUACCAAAUAUCGCUCCUUCUUCUGUUCCUUCACGCUUUACUGCAUUAAGAUGACAGGACAAUCGACUGAACCCUGUCUUGACUACUGUUCUUCACUGCUAGGGGAGAGACUCUCAUGAAGCUUUGCAGGUAAACCUAUGUGCCUACAUGGCUCGUACACCUGUUUGAACAGAAUUUCGCCAACUCUCGACUUUGGAAAUCAGAAAUCUUUAGCUGAUUCUUAAGGAAGGCUUGUUCAAAUGGAGUUGUGAUGCAUGACUGAGCGCUGCUUUCUGCUGAUGCUAAAAGAUACCUAGAUAUUCUGAAGUUGACAUUGGAAACUUCUGUUGUAAGUCCUUAAACGGAUACCUUGGGGUUCAAAAAAUUAAUUGUAUUUUGUCACCAGGCACUUGUCACACGAGAUGCUGGCACCUUUAGCUUCCCAAAAGGCAUUUUAAUGGACAUUUUGAAACCAAUAUUGGCUGUUAGCUGUAAGCGAAACCUUUAUCCAUUCUGUUGUAAUGUGACAAGUGCCUGGCCAUGAAAAUAAGUUCAGUGUUAAGGUACACUUUUGUCUAAUACUGCAUGCAAUAACAAGACAGACAACAGCUCAUUUUGUACAUACAAUAUUUUGGGUUGGUAUACUUGGCUCAGUGGAAGCGUAAUCUGUUCUAAACUGCUUGUGUAGCUUUAAUAAUACCUGUUACUUUUUAUUGCCAAGUUGACUGCAACUAUGGACCUGUUUUCUUUUAGAACUUUUUCAAAUCAUUGACUAAGUCUAGCUACUGACAGCUUGGAGGGGCCUGCUUGAAUUAGUGAGCUCCAAGCUGAGCAACAUUUUAAAGGAGUCCUUUGUUUGGAACUACAUUAUCACCCCAAGUGCACUCAUUCUGUGCCCUUUUAUACGCAGUCGAUUUUUGGUGUUUUGCAUGUCUGUGACUGGCUUUGUUUAGUCCACAGGUUAGGCUUCAACCUGCCUCAGGUAUACAGCCCACAGUCUUUUACAGUGUGCUCUUUCUUUACUAUAGUCAGUCUGUUUUGAAUGGUUUUAUAUGUUUCUAUCUACAAAAAAAAAACAAACUGUCAUUACAACUCUAUCCAGACAUCAGUGGAUUGCUUGUUAACAAGACAGACUCAUACAAUAUGUACAAUAGAAUAGUGUUUUUGAAAUAGAAUCAGUCUUAGAGUUCAGUUAGUGUUGCCCAAGUGGCUUUUUGGUACUUUGGUUGUGAAAAUAUAGAAUCAUAACUCAAUGGAACAGACAUGCGCAUUGGUUUUUUUGGCCUUUUUGCCUUUUAUUAGAUAGAUACAGUGUAGACAGACAGGAAAGGAAGGAGAAGAGCAGGGUGAAGACAUACAGCAAAGAGCCGCGAGCGGGAAUCGAACCCGGGCCGCCGCGCUGGGGACCAGCCCCCGCUCAUGGGCCACCCGCCCAGCCCGUUCAGCUAUCAGGGUGCCCGGUGUGUGCACAGCUAAAGAAAUUCUUUAAAGAAAUUUGUUCGGUUUGUUUUUAAUGUCGUGUACCAAUGUUCGGCUUUAAACAUACAGAAAUUUGUCUGAGCUGGUGUGUAAAGACAAUUUAAAUGAAAAAAAAUCAUUUCUUCAAAUCACAGUUUCUAAAAGGGCACUACACAGAGUCUUCAAGUGAAGUUUAUUUUACUGAUCAGACUGUGAAAGCACAGUUGUUUAAUGACUUAGGUAGCUCUGGAGCAUAGAUUGUAUAUAAAAGAUAGAUGUAGCGACCAUGACAUCACCCGUUGGUUUGUCGACUUAACAGUUGUAAACCCUCAGGUUUGGCAUUUAGCCAUCACCAUCUUGAUUAUUAAAAAAACAAAUGAAACAAGCAAGCAGUAGAUCUGAUUGGAAAAUUUCAGGACACUAUGUAUGGUGAUACAUAGCAAUCACGAGGUAGCUAUCCUCUAAAACAUACUUGCUCUAUCAUCUAUUUUACUAACUACAUAUUUAGUCCAUAAACUUUAUAUGAAAAUGUUCACUGAGGUAACAAAUUAAAGAAGAAGUUGGGUGAUUUUCUCAUUGACUUUCGUACAAUCAGGCUUCUUGUUGCCACCUCAUGAGUCGCCCCCUGCUGGAACUUAAAAGAAAUGCACGUUAUAGGGAUUUACGCACAAGGCUCCAUCUUUUCUGUGCAGUCUGUCCUCUAGAAAAAGCUUUCUAAGUUAAUAACAAACAGAUAACGUCCAGGUAAUGUCAUUUUCUGUCUAUUUUUGUGCUACUGUAACCUAAUUCGGCCAUCUUGACCGUGAAAUCUCAUCAGCUGAAUAUUAAUUGUAGAAACAAUCAACUGGGCUCUGUACAUCAUAUAUUUUCCGCAGGUCUGUUGAGGUGCCAUGUCUGUUCACUGAGGUGUGAUUUUAUAUUCAACACUCAUGUAUCCCAGUUAACCUUGUGCAGUAGAGCUAACAUUGUGAUCUGAGUAGUUUACCUGCUGUUGUAUUAUGCUCAUAUGUCAUAUCUGUAUCCCUCGCUAUACUCCAGCUAUAGUCCUCACUCGUUUUCUGUAUUUAGACAGGUAGUUGAUUGAAUGUUUCUUACAGCAAUCAGAGAUCCAGAUGUUUUCACUAUACAGCCGCCAGCUUUUUGGUAAAAAAAAACAAACAAUGAAAUAAAAAGUACACCUUGUCAGAAUUGUAACAUAAUGUAUGUAUUAACAGAAACGUUUUUUUAAACUCAUUUACAGUGGAAUUUUCACCUUCUGUUUUUUUCUGAACUAAUUUUUACCUGCUGACAGUUUUUAGCCCCGAAUUACUGCUUUUAAUGAGCGUGAUUUGCUUUGAAUCCUAAACUGAACUUUGUGUCUGCUUCGGUAUAACAUUUUCAGAGCUGUUUUACUGAAUCAUGACAGUGAUUUUCUCAGCUCUUGUAUUAAGUUACAGUUGGUUCCAUAGACACAGGAAAGAAAUACAAUGAUCUAACUGUAUACUCUGCCUUAAUAAAUAUGGUAAAGCCAUUUUAAAAUAUCACACCUGGCUUUAGAGCCUUGUUUUUAAUAAGCUGUGAUCUCAGUCCUGUAAAAAUCUACACAAACUGGUACACAUUACCCAGAUUGACAAGUAGAUUGACUGCUGGGAAUGAAACUGUCUUACUUGAGGUUUUAUUCAUGAACCAAACAGCUCAACAAAACAGCUCAUAUUGGUAUUAUUCUGUGUCUAUGAAACUGACAAUCUACAUCUAAAGUGUGUUAAAAACUGAGAGUAUCUGUCACAACCUUUGAUUAAUUGUGGUAUGUAUGUGUGAUCACUUCUGCAGUAUUGCUUUAGAAAGCUAAAAAAAAAAUAAUGUUUGUGACCCCUGCAAUCCUCAGCUUGUAGCUUCCAGCUGUAAGACUGACAAUUUGUGCAAUGUUAAUUUAAAGUCCCAGCUGUUAUUGAGGCUUUGGCUUGAUUUCUAGCUUGAUUUAGAAAAGAUUUAUAUUUUAUACUUGUUUGAGGACGAAACCCAAUAAAUUUUGAUCAAAAGAUGUGCACUUGUGAGAAGCAUUUUGAGUGUUUUCCUUUAAAUAAAUACUACAAAACCAUCUGGGCUAAAUGUGGAUGCCAAACAGAAAGUACUCUAUAAUGUCCUAUUAAAAAGGGUACAUGUCUUUAAAUCUUAGGUUUUCACUUCGUCACAAGUCCUGACAUUUUCUUUCUUCAGAAUUCGUUACUACUAAAUAAUAUUUGCAGUUUUUUAAUUAGAGAUGCACUGUCAGUUGUUGGAAAUGCAUACUGUAGAUGUAAAUUUCUUUUUUCUUACAGUUCUUGAUAAAUCUACAUCCUAAAAUGUCAUGAAAUCCUCCAUACUUUAUUCAGAAGCAGGCAGAAUAGCAUUACUGUACAUAUGAAAAUAAACAACACAUUAUGCAUGCAGCUUUCACUGGUGGAGCAAAUAUGAAGGGAAGGCAGAAGCAGAGGUGCUUUAACUAAUGAUAACAACACUGACUUUAACCAGGAGAACUUUCGUUGGUGUAUGUUAUUGUUGGCAGUUUUGAGGAUUUCAGUACAAAUUCAACUGUGAUCUGUAGUGAUUUUUGCAGACCAUCUAAAUUCAGUCAAGUGACACUGCUGCAUUUUCUCUUCCAACAUAAAGAUGCUGUGGACUCUGCUGUUCAUGUCUUUGGUUGGUAAGUGCAUCAUUUGAGUCUGAUAUGAUUAAUGUGCACUAUAAAAUGCAUAGCAGGUACACAAAAUCCGAUACAUGAAAUAGUUCUGUUUUACUGUGAAUUGUUCCACUUUACAGUGGAGCACAAGUCAUUUGAUUACUUAUAGGAGGGUUUGACUCAAGGCGAAGUAUUGAAUGAUGAUGUGCUUUCCGCUCAUUUACCAACUGUUGAUGUAUGACAGAAUACAACAGAAAGUACAACUCUCCACCUAUAUGCCUCAUGCAUAUUUAAUAUUUAACUACAUUUUUCUUUAUUAAAAAAAUACUGUGUUCAACUCAAUAUUUAAACCUCCUUGGGAUGGAGGAUGUCAGAUUUCUGGAGAAAUAUUCUGUCAUGCUUCAGAGAUAUUAUUCUUUUUGGCUGGUCUUUGCUUAAGAGUCUGCUGCUUAAUCUUAGAAUACCCCAAAGUUUUCUACUGGAUUCAAAUCUGUCAACUUUUUUCUUCUUUAGAAACUUUUGUCUUUUGAUUUUCAUCAAUAAAUGUGAUUUACACAACA